UGUUUACAGAAAGGAUAAGACUCUAAAAUUGAUUUAAUUAACGGUGUGUUCUUUCCCUAUCAUGUAAAAAAAUCGUAGAAGUAUUGACAUGCAUGUGCGUUUAAUUUCGGCUAUCCUGUUAAUUUAGCGACGGUGUUCUGAUUCGUUUUCAAUAGUCGCAAUCAUGUCGUGCUGUGGCCGUCAAAGUUCGGAACUUAAAGACAGCAAGCCCAGAGAAUGUACUGAUAUUAUUUGUUUAGCAAUUUUCGCCUUAUUUUGGGGUCUCCUAAUAUUUGUUGCCGCUUUUGCGUUUGUUAUUGGAGCCCCAAUGCGACUGGCCUAUGGACAAGACAGUUUCGGAAACACAUGUGGCAUGCCUAACGAAGAGUUGGGAAACAUGACUUUCUCUGGAAUGGACCUCACCGAUCGACCUUACCUUUUCUUUCUCAAUAUGUCCAAUCUUCAGGAAUCUCUUAAGAUUUGUGUCAAGAAAUGUCCAGACAGAAUGCUUCAGAGUGAUAAUGACGUACGAGAAUUCGAAAGAGACACUGGUUCAAGCCUAUGCCGUUAUGAUAUUGCACAAUUCAUGCAAAGAAGUGUUCUAUACCCAAUGCCAAAAAACAAAAGUACCGACCCAUAUUUUCUGAGAGCAGAAGAGAGGAUUGGACAUUACGCUUGCCCCUUCCCGCCAGUUUAUGCAACAAAACCACUCUUAAACCGAUGUGUACCACUACCAGUUGCAAAUCUUGCAGGAAACAUCAUGUACAGUAUCUAUGCCUAUCUGAACAAUUUUGACACAAUCCAGCAAGUAGUAAGCGAUAUCUAUGCUGCAAGGUAUGAAAUCCUGGGCAUGACUGGACUGGCACUGGUACUUUCCUUUAUCAUGGCUUUCACAAUCCAUUGCCUGGCGUCAUUUGUGUCUUGGAUCAUUAUGGUUGUUGCCAGCAUUGCAUCGGUGGCUGGAACUGGUGUUCUAUGGUGGACAUACGCAGACAUCAAGUGGCAGUUAGAUUUGACCCCAUUUGACCAGCUGCUUGCCGAGGCCGCCCAGAAUGAACGUACUUUUCUCAUUUACUCCAUUUUGGCCACACUGUUUACUGUUGUCCUGCUGCUCAUUGUUCUUGUACUCAGAAAAAGAGUACACGUUGUGGUAAAGUUGUUUACCGAAUCGGGUCGAUGCAUUAGGAGCAUGCCAUUACUUCUCUUGCAACCACUGUGGACAUUCAUUGCUCUUGCUUUAUUUUUUGCUUUCUGGGUUGGUGUACUAGUUGCUUUAGCAACAGCAUAUUACCCAGUGAAGAAUGAAAUUGGGGAUCCCCUGAAACACGGCCCUGUCCCAUCAAACCAUACGGAGUUGCUUCCAAGAUCAGAAGAAGAGGCUCUUUUAAACCGAGCAUUUACUUUAGUCUCCUUCAGCGAAGGUUCAUGGGUCCAGUACAUGUGGUGGUACCUCAUCAUUGCCCUGGUGUGGACAAGUGAAUUCAUCCUCGGUUGCCAACAAAUGGUCAUUGCUGGAUCUGUGGCGACUUGGUACUUCUCCAAAGAUAGGGACGCGUUGUCCUGCACUGUGGGUAAAUCAGCAUUCAAACUCUUCAUCUAUCACAUGGGAUCUGUCGCACUGGGUUCUUUUCUAAUCACACUCUUCAAGAUCCCACGUCUCAUCCUCACUUACGUCAUCAGCAAGAUGCGAAAGCACCAGGACAUUGCUUGCGUAUCUUGGUGUCUUAAGUGCUGCAUUUGCUGUCUCUGGUGCAUGGAGAAAUGCAUUCGUUACCUUAACCAUAAUGCCUACACGAUUGUGGCUAUUCGAGGCAUCAGCUUCUGCCCAGCUGCCCGCGAGGCUUUUGAUGUCCUCGUCUCCAACGCCCUUCAAGUUGCAACGAUCAACAGUGUGGGGGAUUUCAUCCUCUUCCUGGGUAAAUGUGCCGUGACCGCCAUCACAGCAUUUGUGGGCAUCCUGGUCAUGAGAAAUGAUCCAGAACUCCACUUUUAUGCCAUUCCAGUGUUCCUAGUAGCAGUGUUCUCCUAUUUCAUUGCACAUUGCGUCCUCUCAGUCUAUGAGAUGGUCAUUGACACACUAUUCUUGUGCUGCUGUGAAGACCUUUCGAGGAAUGAUGGUUCCAAAGAGAAGCCAUAUUUUGGUGGGAACUUGGUACAGUAUUUGAAGGGGGGCGAAGGAGGACAACCUCUAAACAGAGUUGGGGGAGAUGUGUCAGAAGCAGAAUGAUUGAAACUUUUUCACCCUGGUCAUAUCAAUUUUUUUACACUGUCAUUUUCCCACCUUGUCUCUUUGUGGUAAAUACAAGUCAUUUUACUAAUAAAUGCCUUGAUUUUAUUAUAUAUUUUGACAUUAAUGUUGUUCACAAACUAUAACAUCAUACUCAGUGCUUAAAAUAUAGACCUUAUAUUUAAAUGUAUAUUAUUUAACCAAGAUUUCAAUCCCGGAAAAGUGACACAGAAGACCAAGCUCAAAAAAAAAAAAAAAAAAAAGGAACUGUGUCUGUAAUUGUCUCACAAACUAAAUUUUAUACAUUUGAAUUCAAUAAUAAAUUAUCAGUAAAAACUAGAAUAUAUAUAUAUUCAGUAAUUGGUUGAAAUAUGAAAUAAAGCCUCUUUUUUAAUAAAAUAAGUAUUGUCAUAGAGUUUUGUCGAAACCAGUUCUUCCCCCUCAAAAGGACAAAGAUUGUAAAAAAGAAAAAUGUGUGUCUAAAAUGCUUUCCCACUAUUCAGCCAUUUUUAAAGGUCAGUAAGCAGGAUUGUCUGGUAUUUUCCGUCUCGGAGAAAAACCGCUCUGACAAAAUAUUAUUUUGUUCAUUUAUUUAUUUUUUUCCUGUAUAUUAAAAUUUACAAAUUAAAAAUGUUGAACUAAGCACAAUAAUAAAUAAAUAUGUUGAUCACUGUCCGCCUCUGGCAAGUUGAGCUCUGCUGGUCGGCCGAUUAAAUGAUUCCAUUUGUUAAAAUAGGGGUGAGGAAAAAUGGCUGAAGUUCAAAAGGCUAAAUGGUAGCUCAACUCUGCACCAAACAAUUCCUCUUCUUACUAAUUGCUCUCCCUUGAAAGAAAUGGACUUUUUCACAAGGCCAUAGAUCAACUUCUUGGAGGCAGACAGUAUUUUCAUUUUAAAUCUAAAUAUUACACAUACAGUAUUUGUUUACGCAAUUGUUUGUGAAAUACUUAAAAUGAAAACGAAAAAAGAGGAUAAAAUCUUAAUGAUAAGAUGUUUAUAAAAAAAAUGAUUGUAGUUGUUAAAUUAAAGUGCUUUAAAUAACAAUUAAUAAAACAUGCACUUCUGGAAAUUCUUUUUGGGAAGUGCAGUGAAAAAUUGUUUAUUAUUGCUGCAUGGAUUUGAGCUGGAAUACUUUUUCAAAACCUUGACAAAAGUGACCCAUUUCAACUCAAUGGCAAUUACCCUUCCUGAUUACCACAAAAAUGAAUAAACAUUAUCAAAGUCAAGCUUCAACUUGUCAGAGCUAUACAUUAUACAUUGAAACAAAAUGUACUUAAUUUGACAUUAAUGUAAAUUUAAAGCAGAGCUAUUUUGUUUUGGUUCCAAGUGUUUUAUUUUUAUGUACAGGAAUUAGCUGCAUCGCCCGGCUUUUGCACAGUCUACCACAAAAAUAACAGGUCGAGUGACGGGUGUUCAUCAUUUAGGCUUAAAUAAUGGGAAAAAAACAAAAAUACUAAAAAUUUUCUUCAAAUUAUGGCAGAUCUAAAAGUUCCGCAUAAAUUAAAUGCUACCCUCCAUUAAUGUAACUAAAAUCCUUGAUUAUCUUCUACAGUACAAAAAAAAAAAAGGCAAAAAAAUAAAUAAAUAAAAAGGGAAAUUUUUACCUCAAUGCAAAAGCAAGAAUUUUAUUUGUUUAUGGUCAAGAAAAAGUUGCGAGAGAUCUUUCUUCUCAAUGAUUUUGUUAACACUAAUUAAAACUGAGCUCUUGGCAGAUGAUAAAUUUCUGAUUUCAUAUUGAUGCUCCAAUAAUUCUGGGAAAAAUGUUUGUAACUUUUUCUCUUAGUGAUUUCACAGCCUUGGGUUUUUUGAAACUCAAAGGAAGUAAAUCUUCAGGGGUAUUUUUCGCGUGCUUUCGAAUAAAUUCAGGACAAUUGGAUAAAUUUCUGGGGUAGAAAGAGCCGUUAUUGCGCCCUAAAAUUAAAAUUUGAAUGGUUUGGUACUUUUUUGGCAUUUAGAAAAACCCCUUACAUUCCUUCUUUGGUGCCCAAGUACCUCCCUGCCAAACGUGAUUGAGAUUUGACGUAAACUGGAUUCGUAUAGGGAACAUACAUACAAUUCUUUGCUUUAUUAAAAUAGAUGUUUCUCUUGUGGUAUCCUAGGUUAUUUUAAAGAAAAAUUAGAUUUAAAGAAAAAAAUAAAUCUUGACAAAUAUUUAAUUGAAAAUAAUAAUAAUUAUGUAAUUGAAAUUCUAACAAAUAUUUUAAUUUAAAAUACAAUAUGAUACAGACAUUUACCAUAUAUAGUCAUAAAUAACAGGGAGAAAAAAAAUUGAAAACCCUUGUUGUUGAGCUCUUAGUUUUUUAAAAAAUCAAACGAUUGGCCUCUAUUUGUGAAUAUAAACUUUGUAA